UUGCCGUAGCCCGAGGCUUGUACGCGUCGCCCGGCAUCGUCGGCCAUCUCCCGCCUCCUUGUGCGAACAUCACUUCUUUGAGCAAUAUCGUUUCUUCUUCUUCUAUUGUGUCUUUCGUCAACAUCGCUAUGCGUCCUUGUGCUCUUCUCGGUCUUUCGGUACUGGCUUCUGCAGCCACCACGCCUCCAACUACAUCGGAUCAUGAUCAAGUCAUUGAAGUGGAGGGUGGCCGCGAAUACACCGUGAAGCUGAAAUGCGCCGAGUGCCCGUUGCGUGCCUGGACAAGUCCUCACAAGGCAGAAUGGGUGCAUCCACCACCAGAAAGUUCCUUGUUGCUCGAGUUUGUCCUGGACGAGUUCAACGAUGCGUUACUUCUCAACGGCCAGCGCAUAUUCCCUCUUGAUCCCAUGCCUCUCGACAUAAACGCGAAGCAGGCUAUUACCGAGGUGGAGCAGGACGAGACGGAGUCCGGAUCUGAAGACGUCGCGAAUCCGAACAGGCACAGCAGGAUACUGUUUCCCCUACAAUAUGAGCAUACCAUCUUCCGCGCCGACAAACCUGAACUCUGGUGGCUUCAAUUCAACGUAACGGGCUUGCCCUGGGGAGAGACUGCUGAUCCAAUCAAGUUGGGUCAGAAGGCUGUACAGAUCUUGAUACGCAGGGAGUACGAUGUGAACCUGAUCGGCGGAUACAUACUCUCCAUCGAAGAUGUACAGAUUGUCUCCACGAAGGACAAGGCGCAACCACCUAGGAUGAAGUGCGGAAAGCUGGCCAUGGUGCAAACAACGUUUGAUCCACGCGAAUGGGACGAGUACGGUAAACUUGGCACGAUGUCGAGGGCCUGGAACGCUUUUGUUGGCAGAAUACGUGUUGGAAAGGACGCCCUACUUCUUCCGCUCCUCGCACUGCUUGCGGUUAGCCUCGUCAUAGCACGUCGCCUGUUUAUCCAGAGACAGCAGGAAAAGGCUGGCACAGUCUCUGAGGCCGAGACUGCUCUGUUGGGCCGAGAUGCGCCUCCGCCAUACGCAGACAUACCUGUGAUCAAGAUUGAAGAGUAUGAUUAGUUCAACGAGUCUGGAGGCUGGAGCGCAAUCAAAGCAAGCGGGCCGGAGUCUCGCCCGCAUCUCCGCGUUGCAUUCGCCCUUUGUGCGCAAGCGGCAUCUUGGCUCUAUGUACCACCUCAAUCUCGGGUUUCCGCUAUCUUGCUUGUCUCUGCACUCUUUUCAUGCUUUU